AUUAAUUGUAGUUUAAUUCCUUUAGGAUGACAAAAUAAUUACGUAACCCCAUUUUGUUUUGGUAGAAACAAAAAAUCAUACAACAAUGGCAACAUCCAAAGGAUUAUCUUGUAGUGUACCAAAUGAAUUAUAUUUACUCUAUGUUAAUGAUGGAAUGGGCGUUGCAGAGAGUAUAUUUAAGAGAUUUCAGAAGUUUAACAUAGUUGUCCACAGACUCAAUCUGACAGAUGACGGCACCUCUAAAGUUGAUUUGACCUCGCAAUAUCUUGUAGCUAUCUUAGCCACACCAGGAAUGAUAAAGUUUAAACGAUUGCUUGAUACCAAUGUCAGUAAAAAUAUCGUUGAUCAAGCCGUUGACGUAACAAUGUUAUCAAAAGAUAUUUCUACAGAAGAGUGUCGAGCAAUAGAAAAUAUAUUUAAGGACAAUGAACUAAAAGCAUUAAACGUUGGUACAACUUCAGAAUCAUUUAGACUAUGUUUAGCAAUGUUGAUGUGUUUCUUUGACGAUGACUGUACACUAAAACCAGUCUUGAAGAAAUUCAUGUUUGCUCCUAAGAAAAAUGUUUUUCCUAAGAAUAAAGUAUUCAUCAUCGUAGACCAGGAGCUACUAAAGGACGAGGUAGCAUUGAUAGUGGAAUUCGAAAAUGGUGAAAGGGUCACAGCCACUAGAAUACAACAAACUGUGUUUGCCUUUAGCCCACCUGAGUUAUAUGAUGUUGAAAUAGAAGUAAAGGUGUAUUGUGCAGAUGAGUUGCUAGGAGUGGAUACGUUGCACUUUAUUUCUAAAAUGAAAUUAUUAACAAAUCUUCUACACGAUGUUAGCAACCCAAUAGAAGUUAUGGCCCAAGCUUUAAAUUCGACGGACAGUGAAAAUUUGGAUGAUGACCUUGUUGACAUAUUUCACCAAAAUAACCAAUUAGAAAAUGUAUCUGGUUACCUUAAUACACAAGUAGACAAACAAAGUAAUGAAGAACUACCAUCUCUACUACAUUUUGGUGCCAAGUAUGGUUUUAUAAAACUGUGUCAAGCCAUAUUACAAUCCUGUAUUGGACAUAUGUUGGUUAAUUUGAAAAACAGAGAUGGGUUAACACCGUCACAAAUAGCACUUAAUUAUAGUCAUCAAAAAAUAGCUCAUUUAAUACACCAACAUACUGAACCUAGUCACAAAGUCGACACCCCUGAACCAGUUUACGUUGAAAUGGGAAUAAAUUUGGUCGUCCCGAAAGAAAUUGGUCGAUCAUUAUCAACAGGGGAUAUGUAUAUAAAUCGACCACUACCCAAACCACCAGUAUUUAGAUCUGUAUCAUCGAAUACGUCAAAGCAACAGACAUUCGAUGAUACUUAUGUUGUACCGUUGUUGCAAAGAAGUGAACCGGUGAUACGAAGAUUGUCUCCUCCUCAUUCACAGGAUGUUCAAGAAGAUGUUUUUAAAAACUUUGACGUUGUAAAUCCUACAUUUCUAAAUAUUGAUGCACGUCCAAGAAGUGAUGACAGUGGUCUAGGUUCAAACUGUGAUUCAUUUGGUGGCCACAAUACAGAGGUUUUGGGGAAUCGCAUCAGUGAGCAGAGCUGGCACUUAAGGAUCGCCAGUGGAAAAAGGGCCAGCAGAAUCUGGAAUGAUUGUAAUAUCAAAUUACCGGAAAACCAGGAUAGUAACGACACUCAUCUGUGAUCUCUUAAAACAACCAAAACAAAAAAUACCUAAACCAGAAUAUGAACGUUACUUAUUUGUGUUUUCUAACUACAACUACGUGUAAAUCGAACUUGACCAGAGAUCAACUGCUUCUGUUGCUGCUCUUUGUGAUUAACAAUUACUGGUAAAACAACUACAAUAUGGUCGACACUUAUCUCUUGUUCCUGAUUACAACAAAACCAAAUAUUAAUCUUACCAGAAUGUGUAGCGUCGAUUAAAUGCAUUAUAUUUUUAUAUAUAGGAAUCGGGGGGGGGGGGGAGCACACUCCCUUAAAAGAGUAGCAUAGGCUGAACAGGUCGGUAGAUCUGUGUAUCUGUUGAAUCAAAAGAUGAUGCCGGUGGAGGGAAAGAGUAGAUAUUAACAGAUAUUUAAAAAUCCCCACUCAUUUGAUAAAGGAUCUUUUAACCCGAAAUGUUAUAAAGAUGAAUAAACCUCUCAUUUAGACCUAAAAUCUAUUCUUAUUGAGUGGGAAUUUGUAUCUAUUUUUAUUAAUAGUUCGCAAUGAACCUUUUACGACGGCCUAUUUCAGGGUAGCUUAUGUGCAUGUCUGUUUAUUUAUUAGUUCGUAAAAGUUUCUAUUUGCUUAGAAUAUAACUUCAUUCAACAAUAAACCUUUUUUGAUUGCUAUUUUAAUACUAACAUAAAUUAUUGUCAGUGAGCUAAGACAGGGUGAUCUCUACACGUGAGUGUUUGUUGUAUUAUUGGCCGAUCUGUGUCAAACUUUUAUUAUUACAACAUUAAGAUAAUUGAUGAUUUAACCAUCCGCUCACAGGCUAAUAUAACCACAAGAAACUAUUAGUGAAUUGGGAUAAUACUUGCUGCGUUUUAUUAUUACAUACCACACACAUUUGUAUGGUGGCUGAUAGUGACCAUAUUAAAUAUCACCCUUUUCAUAACACGACAUCACGACGGUAUUGACGCAAUCACACGACACUUUAUUCUGUCGUAACAUCGUGUUACUUUUGUCGUAACGUCGAGGUGUCGGCUUAGUCUCUUUCUACAAGUCACAAAAAUAAAGCUGUACUCAUUACAUCAUAUUAGAAACAUAUAAAUAAGACUCGUGCAAAAGAGAUACUAGGAAAAAGUUGAUUAAUUAUUUGUUUUCUCAAAAUAAUGAAACAUUUUGCGUCCAAAAAUGAAUUAUAUUUGAUAUUAUAUUUAAAAAAAAUCUAGAAUUACAAUAGCAGGACCAAAGUGAGUUAGCUAUGUUAUUAUUAUUAUUAUUAUUAUUACAGCAUAUUUAUAGUGCACCCUUUCAUAUAACAUGUUCAGGGGCACUUUACAAAGUGACAAUGUAAAUCACACAAAAACAACAAGAUUAUGGGCAUGUUAACGAUUG